GGUGCCGCCAACAGGUUUAACUAGUGGCGGUGGUCGUUGGAACUAAAUGAAUUAAUUUGAGUGAAGUAAAGUAAAGCCGCCUAUAGCCUGUCGUCGUUGUCUUUCUUGUGUAUUGUUACAGUGCGCGUCCCUUUGUAAUUAUUGUGAAAUUUGUAUACCUUUUUUAUAAGUUUUUGUUUAUCUGUUUUAAAAAAGUCGGUUUUAAUGAUUUAAGACAAAAAAAAACUCUAAUGUGCGCUGCUGCGAAUAUCUCAAGAAUUUUUAUUCGAAGUGAAAAACCCAUAGGCUUUAUACAUUUUUGAUUGGAUGUGCAAUGUGAUACGUAAUGGCGGGUAAGGCGUUACAGUGGAAAUCCGUUUCGAAUCCCACUGGGCCCCAACCCAGGCCCCGACAUGGACAUCGGGCCGUUUCUAUUAGAGAUUUAAUGGUCGUUUUUGGUGGCGGAAACGAAGGAAUCGUGGAUGAACUCCAUGUUUACAACACAGCAACUAAUCAGUGGUUUGUGCCAGUAACUAAAGGAGAUAUACCCCCAGGAUGUGCUGCAUAUGGUUUUGUAGUAGAAGGAACCAGACUGUUUGUGUUUGGUGGAAUGGUAGAAUAUGGAAAAUACAGUAAUGAAUUAUAUGAAUUACAGGCGUCAAAAUGGGAAUGGAAAAAGUUAACUCCAAAACCCCCAAAGUCAGGUAUUUCGCCUUGUGCAAGAUUAGGACAUAGUUUCACCAUUGUAAAUAACCUAGUAUACUUAUUUGGUGGCCUUGCGAACGAUAGUCAAGAUCCAAAAAACAAUGUACCUAGAUAUUUAAAUGAUCUAUACACAUUAGAUAUAAAAACUGACCCCCCUCAAUGGAAUAUUCCUGUGAUUCAUGGCCAGCUACCGCCACCAAGGGAAUCUCAUACAGGUGUAGCUUAUUGGGAUAAGAAAAAUUCCAAGUCAUUUUUAGUUAUUUAUGGAGGAAUGAGUGGAUGUCGGUUGGGCGACUUGUGGUUCUUUGACACUGAUACUCUGACUUGGAGCCAACCUUCUAUCUCUGGCAUACCACCUUUACCAAGAUCUCUUCACACAUCAACACUGAUAAAUGACCGGAUGUUCAUCUUUGGAGGUUGGGUUCCAGUAAUUGUCAGUGAUAACAAGUUGUCCGCGAAUGAGAAGGAAUGGAAAUGCACAAACACGAUGGGGUGCCUUAAUUUACAGACAAUGAGUUGGGAUUCUGUAAAUAUAUCUAGUGAAAGCGAAUUCAGUGAACCUUGUGCUAGGGCUGGUCAUUGUGCUGUUGGUAUAAACACUAGAUUAUAUGUCUGGUCUGGUCGCGAUGGGUAUAGAAAAGCAUGGAAAAAUCAAGUUUGUUGUAAAGACUUGUGGUAUCUUGAAGUAGAUAAGCCUCCUGCUCCUAGCCGAGUGUCUUUGAUCAAAGCAGGUACUCAUUCAUUGGAAGUUAAUUGGUCAGGUGUAACAUCAGUCCAAAUAUACGUUUUGCAAGUUCAAAAAAUUGACAUACCGACACCAAGUCCCUCACAAGCAAAUUGUACCAAAUCUGCUUUAACGAAUAAUUUCCAUAAUUAUUCUAGUGCUCCAAAAACUUCACAAUCACUAUCAAGCAAUGUAUCUAAUAGUUCGUCUCCAACGAAAACUUUAGUAACGGCUGUGUCUCAAGCUAAAGUACAAGUAAAGCCUUGUACUCCUAUAAAACCUUUUGUGGUAACAAGCCCACAGAACACUGCUCUCCAACCAGUUGUUCUACCUUCUCCUAGAGUUGCCGCAUCGCAGACAGUUACAGCUACCCAUCAAGCUGUAGCUAACCAAUCAGUUGUAGGUGUUCAACCAGCAGUAGCUGUCCGGCCAGCAGUAAGUGUCCAACCAGCAGUUGCCACCCAACCAACAGUAUCUCGCCAACCAGCGAUAGCUGUCCAAGCAACAGUUUCUCGCCAAUCAGCAGUAGCUAAUCCACCAGCAGUAACUGUCCAAUCUGCAGUAGCUGCUCAACCAGCAGUUAACACUACAAUUAUUGCAACACCUGUUUCUUCCAAUACAAUUCAAGUUUCUACAGUCAAAGUCGUGCCUCAAAAUCAAACUACUGCAACACAAAUGUCUGGUAUUCAAGCUCUAGCCGCUGCCGCCGCAGCCACACAGAAAAUGACGGUGGCUCAAACUCAACCAGCCAGUAUCAAAAUACAUAACGCUGUUACUGGUCAAGGGCCAACAUUAAUUAAAAAAACAACUACACCUCAAGGUCAACAGGUCUUUGUACAACAGGGUUCCAAUCUCAUCCAUAAGCAGGGUACCAACCUCAUCAAUAAACAGGGUGCCAACCUUAUCCAUAAACAGGGUACAAACAUCAUCCACAAACAGGGUACCAACCUUAUUCAUAAACAAGGUACCAACCUUAUCCAUAAAGCUGGUACCAACUUUAUCCAAAAGAAGGGAACCAGCCUCAUCCAAAAGCAGGGUACCAACCUUAUCCAGAAACCAGGUGGUUUGCCACAACAGCUUGUGACACUUGUUAAAACUAGCACUGGCAUGACUUUAGCCUCUUUACUGAAAGGUGGUAAUGUUGUCCAAAGCAAACCUGCUGCACAAGUUACACAAUCCCCAAAUAAAAAUACCAUUGUAAAAAUUGUGCCCAAGGUGACAUUGUUACCGGAAGUUUUAACUACUAUUAAAACAAUCCCUUCAAAUAUGCUACAGAUGAAUAAAGCUACUGGCAAAUUGGUUCUAUCUAAAGGAACAACUGGGCCAGUUUCAUCUAUUGGUAACCAACAAGUACUGGUCGUCAGUUCAACAGGAAACCUGAAAAAUAUGCAAACAUUCACAAACGCCCAAACAGUAAUGUCAGCAGUUAAAACAAAUGCAGUGAACACACAUCCUGUCGCUGCUUCUACAAUUCAUAACUUCCAGGGUGUUCAACUUGGCAAAUCCCUUACUGGAAGUCCUAAAACACUCAUGCUUUCCAAAAAUACGAGGCAAGUGAUGAUUGGGGGCAAGCAGCUAACCGUACAAAUGACUUCACCAGGACCUAAUAAAACUAUGACUGUUGUACCGUCUUCAUUGAGCGGAAUCGGAAAACUAGUACGUUUUCCAGAUGCGUCAAAAUUCAUGGUUAUGCGACCAAAACCACCCACGACUCAGCCUCCAUCCACUCUUGCUUUGUCUUCAUUUGAGGGACCAGCGACCACAGACGCGGCCUUAGCUGCUAUAGCAGCCGAAGCGGGUCUUAUAGUACCCGAAUCAGACGAACUAGAUGCAGGUAAUGAAACAGUUGAGAUGUAUGAAGACGAUUCCGCCAAUUCACCGAUUAACACGCUAGAAAACUCAGAGGAAGCAGAAGCAUCAGAUGGAGGAUUAUUGGGUGGUAGUAGGAUAAUUCGAAAACUUUCUCUUAAGGGGGGUUACAAGUCAAAAAGAUUGUUCAGAAAAUUGGGAUUAAAGGGGGGUAGUAAGGAUUAUGCUGUUGUCAAAUCAGAAGCGACCGCUGCUGAAGCUGAUUCUACCCAAAAUUUAAAUGGUUUUGCUAAGCAGGAAGAUGACGUAGCAGAAGGUAAAGAUGAUCUAGCAGAAGUUAAAGAGGAUGUAGCAGAAGUUAAAGAGGAUCUAGCAGAAGUUAGAGAUGAUGAAAUGGACAUGGAUGUGCUUCAAGACAAAGUAGAUAAUGAAAUUGCAAAAGAAGACGCUGAAAUGAAAGAAGUAUCUAAUGAAGACGUUAAGCAAGAUGAUGAAAAAGCGGAUGAUCAAGAAGCUGUAGAAGUUGAUCAAGAGGCAGUGUCCAAUACCCAGAGCUCAGCGGGCGAGUCAUUGCCUACUGAUAAUGAUAAUUUGUUAGACCUCAUGAAGGUAGAAGAACCUGAUUACUCUAAUAUGGAGAAAGUUGAAGCUGAUUUCUCAAAUUCCACAAUAAAUGAAAAAACUGAUCCAGACCCAAGUACGGAAGAGGCAGUAGCAAGUCCGAGAGAGGCAGAAGCAAGUCUGCAAGAGGCAGAAGCAAGUCUGCAAGAGGCAGAAGCAAGUCUGGAAGAGUCAGAAGCAGUCCCGGAAGAGGCAGAAGCAGAUCCGGAAGAGGCAGAAGCAAAUAUGGAAGAGGCAGAAGCAAAUCUGGAAGAGGCAGAGGCACAUCCGGAAGAGGCAGAAGCAAAUCCGGGAGAGGCAUUAGCAAUGGAAGCACGUUUUCCUUCAUUGGAAAAUGAGACAGAUUCCAAUGAAGAUCCACUUGCUGCUUUAGCUUCAGCUGCCUUGGAUGCCUCCAAAGAGUCGAAUGACAGCUACAGUAAAAAGACUGAAUUUAAUGGUCCUGCUAUACCACAGGAACCUGCAAAGGGAACUUGGUACACUGUAGGUUUUAUUAAAGGCACGUCCUACGAUGUGCUAAAUUAUCAUCUUUUAUCAGAUACUGACUCUUUGACAGUUGACGAUCUUCCCGAACUUUCGAACUAUCCAAAAAUCAAUCUGGAACCAGGAACAGCAUAUAAGUACAGAGUUGCAGGAAUUAAUACUGUCGGUAGAGGGGAAUGGAGUGAGGUUUCUGCGUUCAAAACAUGCGUACCAGGUUUUCCAGGAGCUCCUUCAGCGAUAAGAAUAGCAAAAGCUAAUGAUGGGGCACAUUUAUCGUGGGAACCACCAGGUGCUAACCCUCAAGAAAUUCUUGAAUAUUCUGUUUAUUUGGCUGUUAAAGGAAAAGACAGAGGGAUUACAAUGACCCCUCCCUCACAAUUAGCCUUUGUUCGAGUUUAUUGUGGCCCGGAUAAUCAGUGCGUUGUCAUAAAUCAAUCACUUCAAGCUGCACAUAUAGACACAAACUCCAAACCCGCAAUAAUCUUUAGGAUCGCGGCCAAAAACGAAAAAGGGUAUGGGCCAGCUACUCAAGUUAGGUGGCUUCAAGAUGCUGCUGUACAAAUUAAACCUAUGAAAAGAACAGGGGAUACGGACCAAACCGGUCCUCUUAAAAAAAUCAAGAUUGAAGUUGAGACAUGAACUUGGCCAAAACCUGCAUGAGAUUCUUUUUAUUUUUUCAUUAUUGACUUCUUCAGGCUGGUAUUUAUUUACAAUUUUUAUCAUUGCCUGCCAGGUAAAUCAACAUCAAGCAUACCCUUGUAAAUAAUAAUAUUAAUAGCUUGCAUCUUUACUAUUUCGCUUUUUAGGCCUAUUCGUGUUAAUUUUUUCAAUAGAUGAUUUACAAGAUAUUUCUUUCUAAAGAAGUCAAUAAAGAGUUGACAAAACUAAUCCUUUUAAGCGAAAUAAUGUUGUAUCUUAAAUUAAAAUUUAGUAAUAACAUUAGUAAUAAUAAUUUAAAUAUAUGUAUAAGAGGGUCAAAAUCAGCUUGAUGCAUUUUUUUUAUAUGUUAUUGGCCCUGUUAACCAAGAGUUUUUGUUUUCUUUCGAUGUAUAUACAUGGUGGGGCACGAAAAACUUUCCACUCAGGUGAUUAUUCAUUAUCACCUAAAACCUGAGAGAACCUGGGUGAAAAGUUUAUGUGUCCCACAAUAUAUAUAUAUAUAGUACAGUGUGCAUCAGCCGAAUGGAAUACAUUCGAUAUAAGAUAAUAAACGGAAAGUGCAAUUUAAAAAAAUAAAGUAGAUACUGGCACAGCUGCUCUUGGAACAUUCUGUAUAAAAAAACUUUUUGAAAAAAAUGUUUUGCAAAAAAACAAAAUCGACGGCUCCAAGCGUUUUUCCAAACAGGCCCUCAUUUAUUUAUAAAUUUUUGGCUGAUACACACUUUACAGUAAAUAUACCAAUCGUUGAAUUCACUUCGAAUUUACUUUUAAUUCUUUUUAAAUGUUUGACGAUGGAACAUCUAUUUCCAUGAGUAGUAAUAUUGAAAUGUAUACAUUUUUUCUGUGUUUACGCAUAACCUAACUUGGGAAUAAGUGCAGAAAAGUGUAUUUUCUUGUUUUUGUUUUUACCAAAAAAAUCUGGACAAUGUUGUUUGUUAUAUACAUAUAUUAUAAUAUUAUAUAGGUAAUUGGGAUGACCCUAAAUAUAGUUUAGGAUCUUCUUUUUACUAUUAGUCUACUUUAUUUUGUAUUCUAGUUUUUAGUCUUUAUUUUGUAAUAAGUGUGCACAUAGGAACAGUUUCUUUAUUAUCGUCAAUAUUCGACACACGAGUGAUUUUUUAUGGCCUAUGUGCAUACAAAUCAAUUGUAGACCUCCACUAUGUGUUGGCUCACUUCUUGGCAUAAUGACAUAAAAACCCCAUUUCUCUGUAAACUACGAUUUUGGUGUUGCGAAUAUUGGACUAUAAAAAUAUUCACAUAAUCAAACUUCCACAGAAAAAUAAACAAGAGUGCCCUAGGCAAACAGGCUGUCUGUCGCCCCAUUUUUCCCUCAAUUUUGUGUCGUUUUUGCUGCCUAGUUCGCCUAAUGGUUGCGCCGGCUCCGGAAAAAAAAACCCAGCCAAGUUUUAUGUGUUGAUAAAGAAGCAGACAAUAAUAAAUUUAGUUCACCAUAAAUUUAAUUAUCAAUUAAUUGUAAAGACUUACUACGGAUCAAACAUUUUAUUAUUGAUAAAGUAUAUUUGGAUACCUACUCAUUUAAUUAUAUUGUUGUUAAAAUGCUUCACCAUCUGAAAAAUCAAACUUGAACAUGACAACUGAUGAUCAAUUUCGAACUUCAUAUUCCUUGAAUGUCCAAUCAAUGCUAUACAAAACAACGACUUAUACAGCACCCUAAGCAGGGAUAACCAUGCCCUACCACUGUCAAUAUCCACAGUACUUGGAAAACUGAACAACAACACAAUUACCAACAACAAAAUAGAACUAUAUCCUUGGCAUGUUUCAAACAAUAAUAACUCGUACCAGUAAAGUAAAAGACAUCAUCAUGCAAAAAUAAUGUUAAUUGAAAAAAAAAAGAAAAUAAAAAUAAAAGUACCUGAUACAAAAGACAAAAUAAGGAAUUAUCCUUCACAGAUUCUUACAAGUUUAAUGUCAAUCACCUAAACCACACAGAAAAAUAGGGACAAGGACAAACAUCCACAUAAAGAGCACCAACAAUCACACCUCUGCAAUCGCAGAAAUACGAAAUAAUAGUGCCACAAUGAUAAAAUAGGGCAGAAUUAUAUUUACUUGCCAUUUCACAGUACAAUAAUGCUUAGUCCAAUAGAAACAAUCUUAUAUUUAGAUGUGUGUACAACUAAUCAAUCACAUUGUUAUUAUCAGCUGAACAGAACAUCAAAUAAUAUUAAAUGUUGAGUGUUGAAAAAAAAAACACAACAUGGACCUGCAGACUAGGUAAUUAGAUAAAAGAAAAAUUUAAAUGAGCAAAACGAUAGGCAUAACAUGUGGUGACUCUUAAGCCUCGUUCUCAGAGCUUUGUUGCUGGCGACAGCUUUUUGACCAAUAGAACGUCGAGGUCAAUUUUCCCCUAGUCCCCACUCUUCUGUCGCCGGCGACACUCGCUGUGGUUGAAAUUUUUCAACUUCACCGCGUGUCGCUGGUUUUGGUAGCCAUUUAUGGUUUGUUUAGGACUUUUCGGAAACGCUGAUCUGAUCAAUCCGAUCGCCAGCUGAUGUAAUUUGUCUUUUUUCAAUCGUGUUUAUUAAUGAAAGAUAAAAAACAAAACUGCUGAUCAGCGUUUCCAAAAAGGCUGUGUUGUGACUGACUAUUUUGGAGUUUUGUUGUGUUGUUUUGUGCAUACUUAUUUUAUGCUAGUAAAAGCCAUUGUCCAUCAUUCAUAAUAUUAAUAACCAACAAAAUUCACAAAUAUUUCAAACAAUUGAGAAAAAAAAACAAAAAAACAAGUGGAAGGUAAACAAAAUAAUAUAAAUGUUGGUUAGAUCUAAACGACGCGACAGCUAAAGUUAUCUGGUACCGCCAUCAGGUCAAUAAUUCAGGAAAAGAGGGAAUGGAAUGUGUCGCAGCCACAGAAUGAAGCUUUAAAAAGGCAGCUGUGCCACAUUAUGAUAAAACCAACAACAAAACAAUUACUAGAUAGGUUGGUUGUGACUUCUUGAACUCCCCGUCCAGCUUUUUUUCCAGUUCUGCACAUUAUACUGUCUUGACUUAUUUAGAGGGACGCCGCGCUGCGUGGUCACGUAACUUUUUACCAAGAAAUUAUUCGCAAUAAAUAACAAUAUUAGUGCCAAAUUUGAUAAUUCUCCUGAGUUAGUGAAAAGUUCAGUAUCGUAGAAGAAAGGGACACAUUGCGGGCAAUCUACAUAAUACGUUUACAUCUUCUUAAUAGGUUCUUAUUUCAAAUAAUAUUGUUUAGAUGUCAAUUUGUAAAAUUUCAAUCAAAAACCUAUAUAAAUUUGGUGCAUGUUUCUGAAUGGAAAUUAGUUUUUUUUUUGGAUCAUAAAGUGGGUUGUAAAACAAUUGAGCAAAAAAUUAACAAAAUGGUUUUAAGGGUCUAUUGGCUGGGUAAACUUUUCACAAGGAGAGGGAACUGUUCAGUGCUUGUUAUUAAUGUUGAGUGUUUACGGUUAUUGAGGCGUAUUCAUAUCUCAUGAUAAGUUUCACUCAGUGGUAGCUUGUAACAUUUCAAAAUGAGGAGGCUGUCAGGUUUUUGUGGCAGAAUUUGGAGUAACGGUGCAGGCUUGCGCCAUUGGCGAAAAAACUUUCCGCGUCACUCUGUCCAAUAAUGUUCAAGAAAUUAUUGGAAACACUAACUUGCACUUAUAUUGGGUCGAGUGCCAAAUAUACUAUAUGUCGAGUAAAAGCUAUCAAUUCCAUUUUCUUUUCACAUUUAAGGUAGACAGACGGUUUCUUACAAACAAAAAAUGUCACUCUGAUUAAAAGUAUACAAGUGGGAGUUAUAGAGAUCAAUCUUUCUCUGCUAAAUUUUAUUGUGAACAAAAAAUACUACAAUACCCACGCAACUGGAAACAAAUUCUGGCGACCUUAUUAAUUAGCAGCUAGCCUUUUUUUGCGGAUUUCUUAAGCCUCCUUUGAAGAGCUUGCACUCUUUUUACUGGUGGUGUAAUCUUAUUGUGUCCUUUUUCAAGUGUGUGUAUGGGAUUCAAUACUUUUUAUUUCAUAUACAGUUUGUACAUCAAAUUAUUACAUAUUAAUGAUAAUAAAAUCAUCAGAAAAUUGAAUUCAACAAUAAAUAUGUACUAAAUAUAUUGUAUAUUCUAAAACCCUAAUUUGUGAAUUGUAUAGAAAUCAUUAAAAACUAAGAUAAGAAUUUUAAGAAAACCAUCUUCAAUGAGAGAAUAUUUGAAGGUGGUGGUAGUAAGUAGUAAUAUUUAUGGUUUUAUAUUUGGGACAAAAACCUCUUUUUAUUUUUAUUUAUAUACAUUUUAUAUAUUUUUUGUUUUUUAUUAGGUAUGCAUGAACACUUAUUUAAGCUUUCAAAACUGCUUUUUUAAAUGUAUAUAGUUAUUUUGUAAAGCCCUUGUUGUAAUUGUUUCAUCGUCAUGUCAUUUAACUUUUUUGUUGUAAAUAAAUCAGGGGAAAACAAUA